GCCAUGACUUGCCAUCGCCAUAGUCUUCCACCCUGCGCUGUCGUCGAUUGUUUCAACCUCAUUCAACUACCACCACCCCUUCACUGGGGGUGAUUGUAGUCCCAUUCAAUUGCAUCCGUUUAUCACCCCCCCCUUCUAUUGUCGUGCAGUCGUUCAUCUUCCUUUGGCCGUCGAGGACUCUAGUCUGCUUCACUGCUGGCUUGAGGAGACAGUUCAGCAACAGCAGCGAUGUCAUCCAGCGCCACCUCCAUUCCGCCCACAAGCAAACUCCCUCUGUCCUCGAACUCUUCCAGUUUCUCGCUCGCUCCCCCCGAUAAUUCCUUUUCCAAACGCUCUAACAGCUCCGGGAGUUCUGGCGCAGCCGUUGCAACGCGUCAGACUCCGCAGGCGCGUGGGAACCAACCUUUGAAGAAGCAGCACAAGCAACAGAGGAAGCCUCGUCUCGUUGAUGAGGAUGUCCUGCAUGAGACUCAAGCUAUGAGGUCCAUCAACUCGCGCAAGGGUCAAACCUCGAUCACCCACCUUAUGAACUUUUCCCUGCCUCCCCGCCCUCAGCACCAUUAUCAGCAUCACUUCAAUCAUCGACACCAGAGACGCAAUCCUACUUGGGGGCUUGGUUCGGGCUAUCAUGCUAUCGACAAAGCCCGCUAUGUUCACGCCAACUAUCGUUUCGUCGUCCGCCCUGACCGAGAAUACCACGCUCAGACAGUCGACGCAGAUGUCCAUGUCAGUUGGGAUGCCGUCUUGCAAGUGCUGGCUUCCGCCGAGACUCAAGAUGCCAGCUGCCCAAUCUGUCUAUCCACUCCAGUCGCUCCACGCAUGGCUAAGUGCGGUCACAUCUUCUGUCUACCCUGCCUCAUCCGCUAUAUGCAUUCCACGGACGAGUCGAAUCCCGUUCCCGAAAAGCGGCCGAGGUGGAAGAAAUGCCCGAUUUGCGAGGAUAGCAUUUACAUAUCUGAUGCAAGACCCGUCAGGUGGAUCCAGGGCAACGACGUCAGCAUGCUGAGAGAAGGUGGUGACAUCCUGCUCAGGCUGCUGAGGCGUGAGCCCGGUACAACGCUGGCGUUGCCCAGGGAUACUGCUGAGGGCAGCGGCCGGUCUGAGGACAUUCCCUGGUUUCAUGUGGCUGGAAUGAUGGAAUACGCUCGUUUUAUGAAAGGUGGUGAAGAAUAUAUGAAAGCUCAGUAUGACCAGGAGAUUGCGGACCUCGAUACUCAAGAAAAGGAGGACGAAUUGAUGUUCGGUGAUGAUAACACUUGGACCCGGAAAGCCGUCCUGGCCAUCGAAGAUGCCAAACAGAAGCUGUCCGGCUUGGGCAAUCCUCCUGUGGCAGCGCCAAACUCUCCCACAAAGCAACCAGAGAUCCCGGAGUCGUGGGAUUCGCCCGAACAGGAGGUUUCUGACCUGUCUUCAGCUGUCAAGUCAUUGACUCUUGCUCAAAGCGCCUCUACGACGAAGCCUGCUUCAGUUCCCUCGAGACAUGCUCACGGACCUCAUCGACCGCCGUCGCACCCGUUCUAUUUCUACCAUGCAUUACCCAACUUCUUCCUUUCACCACUAGACAUUCGGAUUCUGAAGGCUGCUUUUGGCGACUUUUCCGCAUUUCCUUCAACCAUCCUUCCACGGGUAGAGCACAUAUCUACAGGGCACAUCAUAGACGAUGACCUUCGCAAAAGAGCCAAAUACAUGGCUCAUUUGCCAUAUGGCUGCGAGGUGACAUUCUUGGAAUGUGACUGGACAGAUGUCAUCAGCCCAAUUGUUCUAGAGCAGUUCCAGGAUGACAUCAGCAAGCGACGAAAGAGGAACCUGGAAAAAGAGGCAAGGGAAGAGAGAGAUAGAAUCCGAGCCGAAAAGGAAGAGGACGACAAGAGAUGGGCUGCCGCCCGACGUCCGCGCAGGCCAAGUUCUGUGCCCAAGAGUUUUACUGAAUCUGAUUUCCAACCAUUGGUGGACCGGGCAACUCAUGCGAGCUCAUCGCCAGGCGAGUCUGGUCUAGCUACAACACCGCCUUGGGGUAAUGCCCGGGCUCAAUCUGCGUUUGCGACGUUGGCCACACCAGGCACUAGUCCUGACGCGCCUCGAACCGUCUGGGGUACAACGGCGGUGGCUCCAACCUCCCCGCCAUUGCUCGCGGCCCCUGAACCUCUGAGUGCACAAGCCGACGACGGCUGGCUCCAAGGGUGGGAGCAAGAUUUACUUGACGAGGGCGACGCAGUGGCCAUGGUUGAGGCGUCUUUGAACAAUGGUGGCUCACGCUCUGGUGGUGGAGGCCCUUCCUCGAAAAAAGGAAAGAAGAAGAAAAUCACGCUGAUGUCCACGGGUAAUCGACGUGGCGCUUAGCAAUAGAUUGGAAUCUGAGAUAAACUGUUGAAUUUGUUCAGAAUUGACAUGUGUUAACGAGAUCAAUGAGAUGAAAGAGAAAGGAGUGCCAGGCUGUGUGAUUGUAGAUAGCGGCGACCAACCUUGAGUUCGCCAUGAAGUAUAUUUGGGCGGUUGAGCAGAGAUACCAGGCUCGCUGGAUUUGAGAUGACGAAACAGUAUUCUUCUUCCUUCAUUGAAGUCUGCAGAGACAGGCAAGGCAAUAGUUUGGAUGAGUGGAGUGGUCGAGAAGGAUCCAUGUUGUGUUGGGGUUUCUUUCUCCAGCCCCGUAUUCAAUCUGGGAGGAAAGUCAGGGGUCUGUCGUGCCAUACAGCAAAUCCCAUUGUGUCGAAAAGAUUGAUUUCCCGUCCUAGC